CUUCAACCACCUCCUUCAAUGGCCCUCAGUUACGAGAAUUUAGCAAAUGCAGCAGCAGCACCAGUAUAUCCACCUCUCGCACGACUCACCAUGAAUUCAGAUUCACGCCCGUAUAUGGCCAGUGUACGGUGACGGCGCAGGCUGUGCUUGGAUUUCAUCCUUGAGUGACAUGCGCAGUAAACAAGGUGAGCGUCAUCUGGCGAACAUCGAAGAGACCAGUUCCCAAGAUGCUAAUCUGGUGCCGAUUGCUGCACUCAGGCCAUCCUCAUUGCCUUCUUCGCUCAAAAUGGAACCUCCACCACGUCGCAUGGGGUUGCGCUCUCCUGCACCUCCUGCUUCUGUGUCUCCGAAUCCCUCUUCUCGUCCAGAGUCCAAACAAAGCGACCGACCGGUUUCAAGUGGUAGUGACUCCUCCGGGUCGUCGAAUUUGUCUGUCGUAAAGAGAUCUCCAUACAGCCAACAACUGCCGUCCUUCGUGCCUCAUAACAACCACAGCAAUAUGUCACUAUCUCAAAGGCCCUCGGCACAAUACCUUAGUCGCGAAGGCGCGAGGACAAAUCCGCCCUCAGAAUUUCACAGACAUCGUCCACGACAGCACUCCCAGGGCUACUUUGAGCCGUCGAUGCCUUCCGCAUCUCUGGCCAGCCAGUCUGUUCUACAUGAACAGUCAGCCAUGUCGACCCUCACGCCUUCCCAGAUAGCCGCACAAGCCGCAAUGCAGCAUCUCAAUGCCACCAGCCACAACCGCAAAAGGUCUCAAACUGUUCCCUUUCCACAAGAGCAGAGCCAUCAGGAAAGCCGCCGAAGUAGUAGAGGCUCAAAUGGCUCACACGAAGGAACACCGCAGGCUUCCACCAAUGACCAACAGUAUCGGAACGGUCUCAUAGGGAGCAAUGCGGCGGCUACGGCAGCGAGUGUAGCCUUCCCCAGGAACGUCGCCUCCUCCAGUCAGGUCUCAUUGGUUGAAGAGGAGAAAUCUAGGAAAGGGCUGAAACGGUUCAAGCCUAAGCACAUGGUGCUGUCAAGAGAUAAAGACAAAGAAGCAAGAGAUAAGGCUUUACCAUCACCAAGCAAGCUGGCGCCCAGUGGGUUAUCCAAGGUCAUGAAUGCCUCAACAGCGAGUCUUGCCGACUCAUUAUCCUCAACCAACUCAUCAUUAUACCAAUUGGCCAACCCAUCGUCAAGUACGAUCGUUCCCAUUCCCGAACAAAAGGACAAGUCCCAUAAACAUCACGGUUUGCGGCAAAAGUUGAAGUUGAAGGACAAGGAUGAUAGUUAUGCCCUCCCUCUCUCGUCGGCAAACUCCAACUCCAGACCGGUCGACAUGAACAAUCCCCAGUCGCUGUAUUCCUUUGCUCCAUCUUCCCCUGCUCCAUCCUCAACUUUCUCCAAGUCAGUGUCAGGGCUAGAUCUCCGCCAUGGCGGCCGCGCCUUGCGAGAGAAGAAAAAGGAGGAAAAGGCCGCAUUUGCCAACCUGGAGACUGUGUACAGUCGGGGCGAAAGCGACACGUCCGAGUGGCCGUCACUGGGGACCAGUUUCACGAAUCAGUCACUCACCACUUUUAGCAGUUAUGCUGAAGUUAAGGAAGCUGGAGCCGACCUUGGCUUAAAGAACAUGUCUGCGGAUGAUGCCUGGGAUGCCUUGAGAGCCAAGAUUCUCAUCGUCUUUGAGGGAGAAGAUGUUCCUGUCCCGGUAGAAAAUCUGAACAAGCUCGUCACAUUCCAUCUCCAACGAUGUGUUCAACGAAGGGAUCCUAGCAUUGUCAUCGGAGACCUGGAAGAUUUAUUCAAGACGGGGUUCUUCAGCCUCAAUCACACACUGCGCCAGGCUUCCGAUGAAAGACUAGUCUCUCAUCUUGUCAGCAUGUGGAUUCAAGUGUUUGGCACCAUAUUGCCAUACAUGCAAGCCGUCUUCCUCCCUCUCGACCAAGAAUUCAAGGGGCGAGGCAGCAUCCUGACCAGUCCCAAAAUGGCCGCCGAGUUCUGGGGUGCUCUUCCCAGCGCCGAGUCGGGCAGUAAGCUUUCCUCGUCUCCAGCUUCGGGUAGCGGCGUGGACUUUGUGGUUGCUGCUGGGGAGGAAUUGGAAGUUAGGCGUAUUCUCCUGAUUACGUUCCGAGACAUCAUCAUUAUUCCAAGGUUCGAGGUUUUGAAAGCAACAUUUUCAAGAUUGAGCUUGGAAAGCAUCAAUGUUAGCUUGGCUCAGUACGACAACCCCACACGGCAUCGAGGUAACAGCGGAGGAAGUGACAGGCCUGCCACAGCUCAUAGUACUGAGCAGCCUGUGUAUGGAAGCUACAAUUCUCAGACGAGUACCCUGCUGGGCAGCGCUACUUCAGGUGGAAGAUCUCGUGCAACGUCCAACUUGUCCGCGACCAGCAACCCUGCGCAAGAUGUUGCGUUUCAAUCCUUCAGUUCCCCACCAGCAGCAAGACCAUCAGAUACGUCCUCAGCUCAAGUGACGGAAACCGUUGGCCGGAUGCUGCAGUGCCUCUCAGUUCUCUGCUCGAUACAAUCUGGUGACGACGGGCAAGGGAAGAUGGAAGAGCUUAACAGACAGCUGAAAUUGAACUGGCUCGGUCGUGGUCGGACGGGUAGAAAUAGAAAGGGAUUCGUCGGAAGCAGAGUCAGACCUAUGGCCAGUGGAGCCUCCACCAUGCGAGGUUUGGAUCGUGACGGAAGCCCGACGCCUACUCCUACUCGGCAAGGGACUGUCAGCAGGCAAGGUUACGAGCACAGCUGAUAGUAUUGGAUUCUAUGACCGAAAAUACAGACACGGCUGUGCGUGUAUGUCCUUGAUCGUUUCUCCGUCCGAUGAGAGGGUGUAAUGUGAUAUGAUACGUUCAUGACCUUUUUGACUGCUGAGAUCUCUUUGCAGACAUAACAUCCCCAGUCGAGCACAUUA